UACAAAAACAAUUUUGGGGGUUGUUUUUUUUUAAUUUGUAUUUCUCUUAUUGUUAGAGUUUUGGAAUUUUUUGAAUGGAUUUUCUGGCACGAGCAAUUGUAACUAAUAUCUGUACAUCUGCAUAACAUAUUACUAAAACACAGCUGUUAAUUUUGUCAUUGAUAAGACAGACAGACGUACAGCUAAAAAUUAAUUUUUAGUUUAGCAUACACAACUAACAUAACGAUGGACAAUUGUUCAAAACACACAAAGCGUGUCUUACCGAAUACCCCACGCGUAAGUGAUAAAAUUAUGGAGUAUUAUCAGAAAUUUGGACACGAUCGUGAUUUAGAGAAAUUUAUGCGCCUGUAUUCUCCGGCCAGUAGUCAGGAUAGUCAAAAGACUCAGGGAGGUGAUUGUGGAGGUAGUAUAGAAUCCUGCUGUAAGCGCACCAAAAGUCGGGAAACAAUUUCAUCAACUAGCAGCAGUUGUGAAGCCUUAGCUAUGAUGCCAUCUAGACCGUUGAGUGUUUGUGGUGCAGUUAAUAGUAAAAGUUUACCUAAUAUUGAUGUACAAGUGCAAGCUAUUGGUGAAGGAGCACAUUUUCCUUCUAAAGAUGUUAUUGUGGAUAUAAAUAUUGAAACAGAGGGUGAUAAAGAGAAGAUCAUAAGCAUAUCAACAGAAAAUUUACAAACGCCUAAGAAAAACCUUAAAAACACCAAAACACAAACACCAGAAUCAAUUGCUAAAACACAUAGACGUCUAGAGUGGGAUUCACUUGGUGAUGUUGGCUAUAUAAAAUCUAUGUCUACUAGUAAUAUAAGUACCAUGGAAAGAUCUUUACUUAGGGAAUUCUUUAAAGAAAAUAGUGUUGUUUCUGAACCAGGAACUUCUGUAGCAGUAAAUAAAAUUCAAGAACUUGUAGCCGAAGAACAUAAAACUGUAAAAAAACUGAAAGCAACUGAAAUUGAACAUAGCACACCGCCCUUAGCCUGUAGUACUUUAGUGGAAACUACCAAAAGAGGAGCAAAACCCAAAAUGAUAUCACAAUCCACAUCAUCCACUUCGCUGAAUAAGAAAUUCGAAAAAUAUGCUCAAACAUCAUUAAUAAAACCACCAACAUUACAUUCCCAAGAAAUACAAUGUAGUAUGUCUUCUGCAAACUCCAUAAUAGAGGGAACAGCUACUCCUUCCAGUUUUGAAUAUUGUUCAUCAAGAUCAUCUAAAUCACGUACAUCUAAAUCAUCGGAUUAUGUCGUUAAAACAGUUAACCAAAAGCAUGUUAAUCAAUCGGAACAUUCCUUUAUAAACAGCAUAACAGAACUGCUAAUGAAACGAAAAGCUUUGUCGGAGAAAAAUCAACAAAAAUGUCAACAAUUGAAUAAUAUACGCGAACUGCAAACAAAAUUUCAAACUGCCUUAGAUGAAAAUAAAGAAAAUCUAUCACAUUGUUCAAUAGACUCAACGACAACUGCCAGCUCGUUUUCUCUAAGCAAAAAAGCACCCGAAUUGGAUUUAGGCAUACAAUUGAUUUGUUCACUUAUCGAUGCUAAAAGCGUUAAUGGCAGGCAGAAAAAACAAUUAAUACGUGAUAUUGUUAAACGUAUAACACGUUUAGAAGUCGCAGAUGAAAGCAGUAACUCUACUACAAUAAAUAGUAGUGGUGGUACAAACUCCAGUGAUUGCAAACAACAUCACGUCUACGAUUCAGUAAGUUCAAGUAUAAAUAACAGACAUAGACAAGGUAAUAUGAACAAAUUAAAGGUGGAAUUGGGAGUAGCACCUAUAACAACGGAAGAAGACAUCACUAAAAGUGUAAUAGAAAAACCUUCUACUUCUAUCAGCAGUAGUAGUGAGAAUACAAAUAAAAUUUUAGUUAUUAAACCUGAAACCAAUGUCAAAUCAAAGCCAGCAUCUUCACCUCAUUUUCAACUAAAUCAUGAUAAAACUUACAAUUCUAAGCAAUUUCCAUGUAAAACAAAAAGUCAGUAUGAAAAUGCCCUUAAAGAAAAUAACACACAAGUGCCAAGUGUAGCAGCUACAAUUAGCAAAGAAACUCAAAGUGAAAAAAUGAAAACGUCGCAAAGUAAGGAGAGAAUUAAACAAAUAACAUCAAAUGUUAAACAUCAACCAGAAGCACCACCAACAAAAGAAUCUACAACUUCUUUAGAAAACAAGACAAGUCGUUCCACACAAACUUCAAAAACCACAAAAUCUUCAUCCUCAGCUACAUCUGUGACCUCUACACCAGAUUUGACCACACAAAAGCUUGUUAUACCCACAAGUAAUGAAUUAAAUAAUUCCAACACCGAUGCCGAGCAGCCAACAAUGCGUGAAUGGUUGAAUCCUUUGACACAAUCCGAAAUUGAGUAUGAGGAGAAAAAACGUCAGGAAAUGAAGAAAAAAGCUGCUGCUGUCCAAAAGGAAAAACUAUUGAGAAAAACCAAAAACGAUAGCGGUCGGGUACAACAAUUAAAUUGGAUUGAAAAUGAAAUAAAACGACUCGAAUCUCUAAAACAUCUUUUGCUUAAAGAUGAAACGAAUGAAAGAAGUUCUACUACUGUGUCCAGUCUUGACUUCACUACACAUAAUGAUAAAACAAAAGACUCUACUCACACCGAUAAAUUGUAUGAUACAGUGUACUCGGAUAAGUCGUCGAUUUUGAGUGAAAGUGCCGAACGUUUAGUGCAAGAAAUUGAAAUUAUAUUAGAAGAAUCGCAUGAAGAUGUUAUAAAUUUAAAGGAUAAUUUAAAACGUAGCAAAGAUCGUAAAAAAGAAAUACAAAUAAUGUAUGAAAAGGAGGUGGACUCAACGUCAAAGGAAAAUUGUACAAAAACCAAACCCAAAUUUCGUACCCUUAAAGAAAGCAUUAACAUCAAUGAAGAGCAACUAUUAAACGUUAAGGAAAACGUUGGAAGCGGUAAAGAACGUCAACAAAGAGAAAAAAUUGAUACACCCAGUACGGAGAAAAGUCAAGAAUCGGAAAGCUUAAGAGAUUUAGUACAACAAAAGAAACGCGAUUUUAUGGCAGCUUAUAAAACAAAAAAACAACAUCAUUAUGAAGCUCUUAAACAGCAACAGAAGAAAGACUUUAAAUAUUUAAAUAUACAACGUCAAAUGCAUGAAAAAGUUGCCACAACAACAGAUUCCGAACAUUAUUCAGUGCCUCGCACAUUAACCAGAAAAUACGUUUCCAAUGAUGUACCCUAUGCUUAUACACAGCAACCCUUACCGUUAACACCAAACGAACGAGAGGCCAAAAUAAUACCACAUAUUCCUCAGCGUUGUAAUGUAAUCUAUAGCACAGCUGCAUCAGGAAAUAUGCAGAAUAACCAACAUAUAACAUCAUGUGUACCAACGUUUAAUAAGGAAACUGCUGCCAACACAAAUACCACAACUACUUCCCCAUCUUCAAUUUUUUGUAUGUCUUCAGAUGUUUCCGUGCCAAUGGGUUCACAAAAUACAUCCUCCACUCCCACUACAACACAUCAAUAUGAUGAUGUCGCUACAGCAGCUACCGGAGUUGGAGUUGCAGUACAAACAUCUGAUUCCAUACUACGUUCAAAGCCCAUCUAUGGACCUAAACGUACCUCACCUAUAGCGAAGCCUUAUAAUGCUGCAUCCUCAACAACUACAGCCUGUAUACAAGUAAAACCCAAAGGUAUUGCUUAUGUUAUUGAAUUUUCUGAAAGCAAAACGCAGACAUCAUAUACCACCUCCAAUACCGAUAUAAACUCAAAUGAUCUGCAAGCAAAUGAAAUUACAAAUAAUUUAACCAGCGAACCCCAGCUAACGCUACAGGAACAUUUGGAAAAAAGUAAACCUAAAUUUUUACAACAAUCAAAAGAACGUAAAGCCAUACUCAAUCAAUUGCAAGCUAUGCGUCAGGAACGCGAUCGUCAAUUAAGAGAAAUAAUCGAUAACACAAGUUUCAAUUCAUUGGAGAGACGUUUACAAUAUUUACCACCACCUCCCAUACAGAAAGUACGUAUUCUAAAUACCAAGGAAAUGAAGGCGCUUACCAAUAAACGUUUCUCCAGUUUACCCGAAGUUAUAGCCCGGCAAGAACGUGAACUUGAAGAGAAAAAACGUCGUGGUAAUCGUAUUCUAAGAGAUGUUUUUAAUAGACGUCUACAAAAGCGUGUACGCAGUGGAAAAUUAUCCUUAAAUCACAGCAGAACUGUAAUUUAAUAUGUAAUUAUACAACGAUAAUAACGACAGUACAAUAUAUGGAGUUAUUGGAGCCAUUUUGUUGCAGUAUUUUAUAUAUUUCGGAAAAUAUAUAUCUUUUUAACUCUUUUAUUUUUGAUCCUUAUUUCUUAUUAAAAAUAAAUAUAUUUUAGAAAAUUGUUAAAGACAUCCAGUUGUUAGAUGAAACAAUAAAAAAUAAU